CAAUAGAUCCUUCCAAUCGGUGUACCGGUCAUGAUCUUGGGCAGAAGCGGACAGAAUAAGCAAAGAAAGCACCACGUCCGCAUUGUUGACAUCCCACGGUCGCCAUCUUGUUUCUCCCGCGUGGAUAGUGAUUCCCGCUGACCAAUCAGCGCGGAGGUCAGAGGUGAACCAAACCAAACCCGGAAGUGUCAUCCUGAGAAGUGGACAGGAAGAACAAGUUGUCCUGCUUUUCUUUUACUGACCCCAAUAUUACUUUGCAAUUAUCUACAAAAAGAGGAUGGGGGAGACGUUGCUAUUGCAUCGUGAGGCGAUGUUUGUGACUUUACUGCUGUUGUUUUUGGCGACGGGACAGGGGGAGGAGCCACCGGCAGGCCAUCUCCAGCCUCUCGGAGCUCACCAGCCACCUGUGGGGCAGGUUGAGUCCUUAGAUUAUGUGCCGACUCCAGAAGACUUCUACCACAACUACAUCCAGCCUGGAAAACCGGUCAUUUUCAGAGGGGCAGCCAAACACCACCCAGCAUUUCAAAAAUGGUCUGAUCUAUACAUUAUGGAAAAGUAUGGAGAUGUUGAGGUAGAAGUGGACUUCAGGAAGAAGGAGAACAGAGAUAGACCAGGGGAGACAAUGAUGAUGGAGAAGUUCCUUCUGAACUACAACGCAUCAGACUUCUACAUGGUCACCACUGUUCCUGAGCCUAUGAUGGAGGAGGUGUACCUCCCCUCCUGUCUGUCCUGUGGUGGUUUCACCAGUCGCCUGCAGGAUUAUGUCAUGUGGUUCUCUAGUGGAGGGACCAAGUCCCAUCUGCACAUGGACAACAUCGACAAUGUCAUGUGUAUGGUCAGCGGCAGUAAGGAGUGGUUCAUGCUGGACAGACAGGCGGGCGCUAAGGUGAGACUGGACAGGAGUGAGGGAGCCUACAGCACUGUGGAUGUGGACCGUGUGGACAUGUACAAGUACCCAGAAUUCCGCACCCUCCCGUGGUGGUCAGCUGAUAUCGGCCCCGGAGACUGCCUGUACGUUCCGUACGCGUGGCUACAUCAGGUCCGCUCACACGGCAGGAACAUCGCUGUCAACAACUGGUGGACGCCCUUGUCAGAAUUCGAUUACCUGGACUGCCAAGGAAAGGACACAAAAGCACCCAUCCCUCUGAGUACCCUGUCAUUCAAUCCAGGGGCACAAACUAGGUUUAUAGUGAAGGUUCUGUUGGAAGAACACGGUGGCCAGUUACCCAAGGCCACCGUCCAACGCUGGAUCCUGUGGGAACACAAUGGUCAGCAGCUGAUCAGUGACCAGGACUUCAGCCAGAUGGACAGCAAUGGUGAUGGACAACUCAGCACAGAGGAAAUGGAUCAACUUGAGUUGGGGACGAUACAUGAGCUGUUUGACGGCAUACAUCCGGGGGAAAUCAACACCAUCGGAGCCUGGCAGAGUCGUCGCAUCGCCAUUCAGAAGCUCCUGGACUCUUUGGACACACCCUUGGAAAGCGAAGCUAAAGAAUUUCUGUACAACUGGCAAAGGACAGAUGAAGAGACAGUGGAGUUCUUGGCUGCACACAAAGGCAGUCUUCCGGAAGUUGUUGUAGAGUUCAUGAAAUCAGAACUGAAAGUCAGAGCACCUAUCUCUGGCCAUGAAGACUUAUAAAGGUUUUGCUUUGGGUGUAAUAUGGUCUUUGGUGGGAAUAAUAUGGUGGCCAUGUCCUUCUAUUCUUGGUAAUUGUUGCAAGCUGCUGCUGAGUAUUAAAUGAAUAAAGUGUACAUACAGGAGGGAUGAUAGUUUGAGGGUGUUAUGUGUAAUGUCUCGACUGGCUUUGAAAUAAUGAUGCCAGGUAUUAUGACUCAAGGACAAUGGUCAUUAGAUUCAGCACAGUACAGUGUAACGUUCUAAUUUUCUGUCACAAUUUACACUGAAAGGGUACAUUUUAGCAUG